GCAGCCUUCGCUCCCCAAAGCAGGCCCACACGGGGUCCUGGGGCCGCGGGUCCCUUCGAUGUGGGGGCGCUGGCGCGCGAGCUUCAGGGAGCCCCGCAGCCCCUGGCACCGACGUUUUCCCUUCCCUUCCCACCGAGCAGGUCCCGCGGCCGCGCCGGGAGGGACCGUGGGUGGAAGAGCCGCUGAGCUCGGGGGCGGGCGGCUGGGGCGCUGUCACUCGGGCUCAGAGCCGGUGCUCGACCCGGAGCGCUGUCGUUCCUAAAACCCGCCUCGGCUGAGCGCGGGGUACCCAGCCCGCGUCCCCGGCUCGGGGCCGGGAAGAAGAGGCGAGCGGGGCAGCCGGCCCGGCGCGAGGACAGGGCGGCGCCCCAGACCCGCCGGGGGGCGCGGGGCCGGGGGCCGGGCUGGCCCGCUCCGAGCUGCCAGCCGCGGAGCCAGCGUCCUCGGUGACGGGGACCGCGGGGCGCACCCGGCGCAGCUCGUCACCUACUUAAAGCCGCCGCCGCCGGGACUCCCGCCACUCCUCUCGGACCAGCCCCCCACCCCCGCCACUUUUCGGAGGCCCCCGCCCCCGCCACUGCCUCCCGAGCUUCGGGGCAGUCGGACGCGGAGCCGCGCGCAGAGAGGACGCCGGCGGGAGCUGCCCCCGCGGCCGACCGGCGCCCCCUGCCCUGCGCGCGGCUGGGCGACACCCGCCGCGGCCGCGCUCCUCCCGCUCCGUCCCCGCUCUGUGCCCGCUCCUCCCGCUCCUCCCCGCGCUCGUCCGCAGGCCCGGCGGCGCGAUGCGGCAGCUGUGCCGGGGCCGCGUGCUGGGCAUCUCGGUGGCCAUCGCGCACGGGGUCUUCUCGGGCUCCCUCAACAUCCUGCUCAAGUUCCUCAUCAGCCGCUACCAGUUCUCCUUCCUGACCCUGGUGCAGUGCCUGACCAGCUCCACGGCGGCGCUGAGCCUCGAGCUGCUGCGGCGCCUCGGGCUGGUCGCCGUGCCCCCCUUCGGCCUGAGCCUGGCGCGCUCCUUCGCGGGGGUCGCCGUGCUGUCCACGCUGCAGUCCAGCCUCACGCUCUGGUCCCUGCGCGGCCUCAGCCUGCCCAUGUACGUGGUCUUCAAGCGCUGCCUGCCCCUGGUCACCAUGCUCAUUGGCGUCCUGGUGCUCAAGAACGGCGCGCCCUCGCCUGGGGUGCUGGCCGCCGUGCUCAUCACCACCUGCGGCGCUGCGCUGGCAGGAGCCGGCGACCUGACCGGUGACCCCGUGGGGUACGUAACGGGCGUGCUGGCCGUGCUGGUGCACGCCGCCUACCUGGUGCUCAUCCAGAAGGCGAGCGCCGACACGGAGCACGGGCCGCUCACCGCGCAGUACGCCGUCGCCGUCUCCGCCAGCCCGCUGCUUGUCGUCUGCUCCUUCGCCAGCACCGACUCCAUCUACGCCUGGGCCUUCCCCGGCUGGAGGGACCCAGCCAUGGUCUGCAUCUUCGUGGCCUGCAUCCUGAUCGGCUGCGCCAUGAACUUCACCACGCUGCACUGCACCUACAUCAACUCGGCGGUGACCACCAGCUUCGUGGGCGUGGUGAAGAGCAUCGCCACCAUCACGGUGGGCAUGGUGGCCUUCAGCGACGUGGAGCCCACCUCUCUCUUCAUUGCCGGCGUCGUGGUCAACACCCUGGGCUCCAUCAUUUACUGUGUGGCCAAAUUCCUGGAGACCAGAAAGCGAAGCCACUACGAGGACUUGGGGGCGCAGCCCGGGGGCGACGAGGCGCCGCCGAGCGGAGGCCAGCUGCCGUUCUUCCUGGAGGAGCUGCCCGCGGAGGGUGGAGAGAUCGGGUCAGCAGGUGGGGAGGCAGCAGGUGGCCCGGCUCGGCAGAGUGGGCAAGAGGCCAGGGGCAGCCCCGGGGGAGCCCGGCUGGGGGCUCGGAGCGCGCAGGUGUCAGGCAGCCCUGAAGCGAGCAAGAGGUCGUUAAAGGAUGCUUACCUUCAAGUGUGGAGGUUAGUUCGGGGCACCAAGUACACGAAGAAGGAUUAUUUGAUAGAAAAUGAGGAGCUUCCCAGCCCUUGAAAAGGAAAUGCGUGUUUGUAUAUAUGUACAUAUGCUUAUUUUAUAAGUGAGAGAUAACUUAUUUUAAUGAGGGCUGCCCAAUUUCAUUCUUUGAGGAGUGGGGAAGGGAAGCAAGGGAAAGAGCUGAAACGGACUGAUAUCCACGGCAGAGCGCCUGUGUGAAUUAUUUAGUGAGGUUGCCCGAGGCAUCGCCGAGGCAGGAGGUUGUGAAGCUGCUUGACAAGCCAGGCAGACUCUGGGCAUGUUAGCUUUUCAUGGUGAUAACCAUAACCAAGUGUCUGCGUGUACCCAGUCGCUCGCCACCCGCUCUGAAGAUGGAAUGUAGAGAUGAGGGUAGCACCCGGUCAGCUCAAAGAUCACACAGGGGCACGUUUCUGGUGAUGGAACCACAGUUUUUAUGGCCAGCUGGGCAAAGAGUAUAUUAUUGAAAUGACGUAUAUAAAUACACUGAAUUGAUGUUUCCUGUCAUAGUCAGCUGAAAUACCGUGUUUACUAAUUUUUCUUCACUUGUUUCCUUUUUUAAAUAAGUGCUUUAUUAUUCUAUUUUAUAUUGGUAGAAAAUGUUAAAGCUACUUUGAAAAUAUGAGUUCUUAGCUUUAAUCAUGAAGUUUAAAGUUGGCUUUUAGUAAUUAUAAAAAUAUUUUAAAGGUUGUUUUGGCUCAUUGCUUUAUAAUAUUUAUUACUGAAUGCCAUAGCCUUUUUAAAAACCAGUUUUACUGUGUCUGGUAUGCUUUCAAGCAAACGCGAUGGCUGAAAUAGAAUUCGGCCUUCACUGAAGCCGAAACAGAGUGAGACCAUCCUGGUGAGCUCGCCCUUCCAGCCACACUGCACGAUCCAACCGUGUUACCAAAAGA